CACCGCGCUGCCCGCCGCCGAGCGCGUCGUCUCCGCCGCCGUCGUCCUCGUCGCCGUCGAGUCCCGAGUCCGGGGAAGUCCCUCGCGGAAAUCGACGGCAGUGGAGUGCCGCCGCCCGGAUUAGUGCAGUGCAGUGGAGACUAGUGGACGCCGCCAGUGCUGUGUUGUUGUUGCUGCUUCUCCUGCUCUCCUCCUCCUGUUGUUGUUGGUGCUGCAGUCAUGGAUCAGCCACUGCGAAAACAACGACACUGGGCCCGCCCCGACAAGUGCCGCAGCCUGCCGGUGGUGCCCCUGGCGUGGCUGGCGUGGUGCGCGGUGCUGCUGCUGCUUCCGGGGAUGGCGGUCGCCGACCCUCGGCAAGACACUGGCUUCGGCAGAGCGGCCCCCGCGGCCCACCACAAGGACGACGUGCACUACAAGUACCAGUACGCCGUGGACGACCCCGUGUCCGGCGUGGUCAACGACCGGUGGGAGCAGCGCAGCGGGGACUUCGUCAAGGGGCAGUACUCGCUGCUGGACCCCGACGGCAAGGUGCGCAUCGUGGACUACGAGGUGGACGGCGAGCGCGGCUUCCACGCCGUCAUCCACACGCGGUACCCUGCGCCGUCGCUGCUGAGCAUCCAGUCGGCCAGCCAGGUGCACGAGGUGUACCAGGACUCGCCCGUCAACAUCCGCGCCAAGAACGGCCUGGACAUCCCGGAGUUCGCGCUGCGCAACCCGCGCUUCUCGGUGCGCGACAACCUGCCCUUCAACUACCACGCCCUGGACGCGGCCAAGAUCGGCCUCAACACGGAGGACGACGGCGCACAGCUGCAGUCCUUGGUGGACCUGAAGGACCUCGAGCCGCCGCUGUCGCCGCGGGAGGCACAGCGCCGGAAGUUCCACCGCGACAACCACCUGCUGCCGCACGAGCGCCUGCAGGAGCAGCAGGACCUACAGGGGCUGCAGCAGGCCGACCUGGCCGUGCAGCAGGACACGCGGCAGGACCUGCAGGACGUGCAGGAGCCCCAGUACCACACGCUGGACAGGCGCAUCGCGUACCCGCUGACGGCGCCAACGGCGCCGGGCUCCGUCUUCAACCCGCGCGCCGCCUACAUCAGCCUGCGGCCGCGGCCCACGGCGCUGUCACCUCUGCCGCCGCCGAACCCGCCCCCCAUGGACGUGCACCCGUCGCAUCGGCGCGGCGCCGCCCCCCUCGCCACCCCCGCCUACCUGUUCCAGCCCGCCCCCGUCACCAGCCUCGCCUCCAGCCUCACGUCGACCACCAGGCUGGUGGCCUCGCGGGGGUCGUCGCGGCCGCGGCUGGUGCAGCACUUGACGGAGACGUCGCCGGGGCUGUCGGCCAGUAGGAGCUACUACCUGCGAUGAAGGCUAGCGGUCACCUCGCACAAGGCCUCGCGCAAGGCCCACGGGGCGAGCCGAGCCAGGGCGCCGAACCGGUGUACAAAUCCCCAUGCCAUAUUGACCGACUCCCUCGGACUCCCUUGGACCGACUGACUAACCGAAAGACUGGCGUCCGAGUGACACGGAGUGACGGCACGGACAGCACUCUAGAAGUAACGCUCAUUCUUGUCAUUGUUGCCCUCUCAAAAGAUGCCUGGGAGGCAACCCAUCCAAGCCCGUUUCUUCUUGAUUAAUAAUCGCCAAUCGCCUUUUUCAACGAGCAGUGGCCAGGACUCGCAUUCUCAUGUUUUCAUCAUCAACAUUUGAGCCAUGUUCCUGAGCGUUUUGUAUAUAAAGAGAAUUGUACAUAGUUUGCAGGAAUUUCUAGUUUAAAACGUUCAGUGGAGCGAAAAAUGUUUGUACGAAAUUAAUUGAGCCAUUGUAAAUAGUAGACAGAAGAAGGGUGUUAGUAAAAUAUGUUAAACUAAAAUAAAUUUGAUAAAUUCUGAAUGUUUUGAAUAUGA